UCCUGUCUAAUGGAUCUGAGGAUACCGCUAAUGGUCCUCACAGCGCUAAUGACACGGUGGAUAACGCCAUGUACGGUGAUAUCAGCGUCGACAAAGGGGACGAAGUCCGCUUCUAUGUCGAAUUAACGAGGCUUGAGAAAAUGCAAGGCACUUACAGCUUGGAUAUCCGCAGACUGAAGGGAAGCUUAGGCGGAUUCAAGGUUGUUUACGAGACGUUGAGAGAUCGCUUGAAGCUUGCUCGUUGACCGUCUUCGAUCUUAUACAUAUUGCCAUCUCUAUCUCACUCUUCCCUUUCUCCCUACGUUCCUCGUAGACCAAAAGACCCACCAAAUGUCGAUACCAGCUGGUCACCCGACACAUUCUCUCGUUAUCUGUUCACUCUCGUGUUUCUCUCUGGAUGAAUCUCUCGAUUAGCCCGACCUCCCUAAUUAUUUUUUCCUCUGCGUUUGAUGUCAUCUCUGCUCUCCCUUCUGCG